AUGUUAUUACUGAGGACGGCUCGUCUGGCCGUCCACGAGCGCCGAAGUCUGAACUGCGGCCAAAAACGCGAUGCCAGCCAAUUACCGCCAGUCAUUUCGGAGGUGUUUAGCUACGCGGCAGAGAGUAAUAUAACUCAAACGAUACAAUGGGCAAUGGAAGGAAUCCAUUCAACCGGUGUCCCAUGGGCGGGGACAUUUGUCCUAUCGGCUGUUGCCUUGCGUCUGGCGACUGCACCGCUUCACAAAGUAUCCGCGAUUUACCGUGUCGGUGUGGUUGAAGAAAAUAAAAAUGUGAAAUUGAAAACCGACAAUCCGGACGCUUUGGCACACGCGGAUAAAGUGAUCAAAGAGAGCGUCCCGGCUUAUCUGGCCGAACAUAAGCUGCAAGCAUCAAGAAUCCAGAAUCUCAAGAUUUGUUCCGUGCCGGUCUGGCUUUUCUCGUCUUUUGCGCUCCGAAAUAUUAUUAAUGGCGACUUUGCUCCAUCAGUUCACGGCGGAUUGUGGAUCCCGGAUAUGUUGGCGCCCGAUCCGUACUUUGUUUUGCCGGUUGCUGUCGGAUUUAUUGGCUUUUUGAAUAUGUGGUCACAACGGAAGAUUUAUCCGGCGGCUUCGAAUAACAAACUUCUUAUCCGCACCUAUGAUACGGGACUAGCCUUUAUGAUGGCUGCAGCAAUGUAUAUUAUGACACAAUUGCCGGCAGUGAUCCCGUUGUAUUGGCUGGUGGCGUCAACGACAGGCUUCAUGCAAGCCCAUCUCCUCCGCCACACAAAAGUCAAGAAACUGUUCGACAUCAAGCCGCUCCCCACUGAUUCGAACACGCCGCUUAGAGACCUAUUCCUUCUCAGGAAAGCCGUA